AGUGGACUUUGUUUUGAUCACCACAAAUUGGCGGUCAGAACAGUUAGGGAAUCUGUAUUCCUCUUUGCAUUGUUUUCUACCUGCAUAUAAGUCUGUCACAAGUGUGGACAGGCUGUAGUUUUAGAAAAAACUCCGAACAAAAGAAACAAGAUGCCGUUCUACCAUCGCGAUCAGGAUAUCGAAGCCGCCUGGGCGGCAGGCGCCGGUGAGGGUGACGAUGCUCCGCUCAUUCACAACGAGCCGCAGCGCAGCUACCAGAACCCCUACAUUGACCAGCAGGAUGUGGAGGUUGCCAUGGAAGAUGACAACGCCUCGGUGCUUUCCGGUGGCGCAGACCCGGAGACCAUGGCCCAGACGGAGGCUACCUUGAAGAAGUCCCCAGGCCCGGGAGAAGGUGCCCGCCUGUCGGACGCCAAGAAGGCCGCUGGAGAAGUCUUGGUAUAAUUGAAGCGGAUUUUUUAAAGAUUAUGCGGAGUUCCUUUAUUUCGAGAGAGAAAAUACUAACUCGGCGUGAAUUGUUCCCAGUACAACUACUGCGAUCAUUUUUUUGUUGGAGCAGCAUCUUUGGAUUGAUUCACAGAAACGCUACAUCGGCAGCACUCAUCUAAAAAAACUACCCAAAACUACAUCAGAAAAAGGAAGAGGAUAACUCCUCCUGGUUCCUCGCCCCGUUGGUCGUCGUCCUCUUCAUCACCUUCGAUACCGGUAAAAUCCUGGCUGAGGGUGUCUCUACUCACGGCACCACAGUCAACACCUCCAUCAUGACCAACGUCAUCCAGAUUUUGAACAUGGUCCUCGCGUUCACGCUGACCAUCAUCUUCAUGGGACCGGCGUCCGGUAUGGCCGCUAUGUUCGACUGGAAGCGCCUCUCCGCCUACGCCCUGCCGUCCUCCAUGUUCUGUAUUGAAUUUUUAGAUGUUUCUCAUUUUGUGCUUUCAUUUGUCUUGUUGAGGAGCAACAGUCGUGGGAUCUGCGUGAUUCAAUCCGUGGAGAAAUAGUCGGUCGCGUCAUCGGGUACUUAUGCGAAACACGACGGGAGUUGAUGAUAGUACUACUAGAGUUGCUGCUGGUGUUGUCUUUUUGGAAUUCUAAAUUUUAAAUUUCCAUGUCAAAUCACAACGGGCAAUAAAAUCAAAACACAACUACAGCCCUGUCCCAAGUUUUGAACUUGCUGCAGAACAUGUACAUUUCCGGCGCCACCCGUAAGGUGUUCUCCCAGCUCCGAAUCCCGCUGACCGCGCUGUUCUCCAUGAUCAUCAUGGGAGCGGGCUACACCACCCUGCAGUGGUUGAUGAUCUUCUCCAUUACCGUCGGGGUUUUCCAGUUUCAGAUGAUGCAAGAACCUUCCGACUUAUUCGACUCGACCGAUGUUAUCAUCGGGUUGGUUUUGUCCAUCCUGACCAACAUCUGCGCCGUGCUCGGUUCCCUGUUCGGCGAGAAAGUCAUGAAGGAAAGCAAGUAUAGGAUCGUUUUUUGCUAGGUUUUUCAUGGUUUUGGAUUUGCAUAGUGUGCAUAGACGAAUUCGAGCAAUAUUUUCAGCAAUCGAUUCAUAGAUUUGCAAUGGAACAAAACACUCGUUCUCUCACAUGCACUUUUGCAACUCCACCGAUCACCAAAUCAGGAAACUUCCGUUCUACCUGCAGAAGUUCCAGUUCGAGGUCUGGACGUUCCUUUUCGGUGUGUGCGGAACCUUCCUUUUCGUUCCCUUCGUCGCCAUCAUGAUGGAUCUGUGCGACGGCCACAACCUGUCCGAGUUCAACACGGGUAAGCAGUUCGUGAAGAACUGGCCGCUGACCUACCGUGCCGCCGUCUACAGCCACGGUGAUGCUUUGACCAACUGGAACUACGAUGCUACGUACCAGGACCUGACCGACGGCGGAAUCAAGGCGGUUGACAUCCCGAACAGGUAAAUUUAUUAUGUGGUUUGUUGACAAAGGCUGAUUUUGAUCAGAUGCACAGAUAAAGGGCUUCUGAGUUGUGAGGACUAGUUCACCACACAACUACAUCUGAUGGCUGUGUUAGAAUUCCGGUUUCUGACGGAGCGAUGAUGCUCAAUUUCAGUAUCCUAUAAAAAAACAGAAUGGACAUGGCCUACUGGUCCUCCACUGCCGACAUGCGCACUUUCGGGCAGCAGUAUGGCGAAACCGUCGGUCUGGAGAACGACUCCGUCAAUGCCUACGACCAGCUCAACAAGCUGCAGCGCGUAAUGAAGAAGCGCCGCUCCAAGACCGAAUACGCGCUGCACGACAUGGGCGAGCGCAUCCAGUUCGUGAACCGCGGCCUCGCGGAGGACUUCGGCCGCAUGGCCGGCCACGCCGACACGCAGUUGCGCAAGAUGAAGGGUGCGGAGGCGAUUCUGAUUGACACCAAAUUCUACAUCCAGCAGCCGUUCUCCUCCGCCACCGCGAUGCAGCCGGCAAGCAUCCUGAACAACAUGUUCGUCUCCACCGUUGGUCGCGUUCGCAACGAAGAGUUCGAGGCCCUGAACCUGUUCCGCCGCGACACCCCGGCCCUGGAUGCCGACCAGAUGACCCGCAACCACUUGCACGCCUUCGUGUCCGGCGCCGACAAGCACACCGGUAUUGUGGUUGUGUUAUGAUAAUAUGAUUUUAAACGCUUUUCUUUGGCAUGAUACAACAUUCUGCAUGCAACAUUCAUCUCGCGUCAGGUAGUACUAUGGUUGCUGUAGUCGUCGUUUAGGAGCGAGCCCCGCGGUCCCUGCUGCGUGUACGCUUUAAGCAAUCAAAAACAUUUAUCUCCUCAGGUUGCCCGAAGCCUUCCGCCUACUUCACCCUGCAGAAGGACAGUGAGCUCAAUACCCUUGAUCUCUACAACGAGUUUGCCGCGUACAACGGUGACGAUUCAAACCCGGCGACCUACUACCCGGAGGGACGUGGCGGCCUUCCGUCCGACCCCACUGAUGCGGAGAAAGACCGCAAGGCCAAGGAGACGUACCAAAAGGUCCUUGACCUGAUCAAGCCGGCAGCGCUGGACAUCAAGGCGAAACAGGAAGCCCUCGAGGCUGCCCAAUCUGCCUCGCCGGUCGACGCCGCGGCCGUCACCGCCGCCGCGGUCGCCCUGCAGGAAGCCUUGACCACACCGACCCCGGUCCAGGCCAGUUACAAGUUCGAGUACGCCAAGGUCCAGCACCACCAGCCAAGUGACAUGAUUUUGAAGAUUGCGUACGUGCGCACGUCUACGUUGACGGUGGAGACCCUGGACAAGAAGGACGCGAACAUUGCCAAGUCCAUCUCGAAGUCUUUCAACGAAAAGAUCGUGUUCAAAGUGGACUCUUGCGACAAGCGCAUUGACUUCGGCGCCGAGCCGGUGUGGCCGAGUGGCGACACUGUCAAGGCGUACGAGAACCGCCUCAAAGCUCCAGUGGAGGAGACUGGGUACCAGUCCUCCAAGGCCACGUGCGGACGCAUCUCCCUCGACGCAACUAUGGCACUGCAAGUGCCGCAGAAGCUGACCUUCUCCGCUUCCACCGGCCCGAAAAAGGACGCCAACCCGCGGGAGGAGAACAGCAAGGACAACAAAAAGAAGAAGGACAAGGAGGCCAAGGCCAAGUGGGACGAGCUGACCGAUGACCAGAAGACCGCAAAGACCGUAAAGGAGUGGGAUAGCUUCUUCGGCAUCGCCGAUGACCAGCAGGGCAAGACCCGCGAGCAGGUUUUGGAGAACAAGGAGGGCGCAUUCUUUUCAAAGCUGAAGUUCAACUCCGCCUUUUACAUGAACGACUUGCUGCAGGACAACACCCUUACCAAAUUCAAAUACAGCAUCAGACAGGACAUCACCGAGGUCAACGCUAUCAGCGGACUGGAGAUCCAGACUUACCCAGGUAUAGACAACUUGUUGAAGCGGCUUUGUCAGUGUGUGUUUUCCAGUGAUUCGCAAAUUGAUUUCUUUAUGCCCUUUUUUGUGCAUAGUGCCGGAAAUUCUUUUGUACUUUCUCCAAUGUUCGUUCCUGACCGCUAUUAAAGGUGACACCGCUGCGGGCGUGAAGAACGGGUGCAGUCUCGCAAUGUGCAACGUGAAUGACGACGAGUGGUCUUCCAACUUUGGCUACUUCAAAUCUCUGAUCAAGGGAUCCCGAUCCUGGCGCAACAUGAAGGAGUACGUCGACACCGACCGGGCCGAAAACGCCGAAUUCAAGCGCAACGCCUUCGCCUUCUCCGAGUUGCACGGGUACUUACUGGAUGAUUUUUGUUUCCCUUUGACAGAAAUCAUUUUCGGUCAAUCAUGAUAGAAUAAUAUCUUUGCUUGUUGUUCUAAGUAUUCGUUCGUCCAAACCAAAGGACCAAAAUCGCUAAAUACCGCAGAUACACCGGGUCCCCGCUUCCGUGGGUGUACAUUGGUCCGGCCUUCUUUUUGGGUGUUUUUCUGAACGCGGGUCAGACCUGGAUGUCCGCGUACAUCGCGAAGGUUUUGUCCUCUCUGUGGAAGAACAUCUGCGCCGCCAUCUCCCUGGUCCUCAUCGUGCUGCUCGAGAAGAUGUUCAUUGAGGACAGCAUCAAGGCCACGAAGAACGACUGGGCGCGAAUCAUCUUCGGUAUGAUGGGAGUGAUCCUUACCGUCCUGGUCUUCCAGAUGUCCCCGAAGGAAAAGAAGCACUAAGAAGCUAUCGGUCUUUUAGUUGUCAACAGUAGAGAGAGAAAGUGCAGUGCGUUUACUAGAGAUUGAGAUUUGAUGAAAUACUAGAGAAUAUAAUUACAUCUUCACGACGCCGAGAUUCUUACAUGGUAGAGAAUCAACAUUUUGGUAAUUUGGCUGUGCUUUUCUUUUCGAGGGAACUUGUUCUACACAACUAACGAUUGAAGCGAAAGCGCUCUCCGACUUAGUACCACACUUACCCAUGAUAGCAAUCGUACAUCUUGCGACCACCACACGCGACGACUUCAGCACUUUGAACUCUUGACGGUCUGUUGCAAUAGCUUGCUACAGCCUUUGAGCCUAGACAAGACAUCAAAGGAGAGUUGCUUUCGAACUAAGUGCCACACGGACACAUGACCAUAGUAAAAGACCACACCUAAAGACUACGGAAAACAUCUUGGACACAACCAUUGGUAACAAGUGCAUCACAACCAACCCGAGGAUGGGGACACUCAUUGUGUCCUGUCACACUCCAGACUUUUGAUAGAAAAUUAAUGCCCCAAGAACAGUGAAUAUGUUAGAAAACAAUGUCAGCACCGAUAGAACAAGGAAGUCCAACAUAAUUAAAGAGAGGAAAAGCAUGGGAAGGUAAUCGAUUUUUAGAAUCUGCAGUGCGAGAAAACCGAUCCCGAUCGGUGGCAAGUUUGCAACCGGUGGGCCUCAAAGAUCUUCUGCAUGGCCGAUAUCUAGCUGUCGAUAUUACCUGCGGUCCCUGUUACUGUUUCACCCAACAGCAGGUGGAUUACAUCCAACCUGCACAAAUUUGGUGCUUUUUUCAGCAAGAUAGAUUGACCUGCAAUGCCGCCAAUGGACAAAGAGCUGGUUUUAGCUGUAAGACGCUUGCUCCAGUGAAUUGUUGUAGGGAUUUCACGGCGACCGCGGGGGCGCCAUAAGUCUCAGCUUUUUCUCCGCAAGCUACUAUGGUCGCUCAAAAGCCGCUGUGUACUGUGAAUCCUAAUCAUUUCCCGCACCAAAAAUUUUACGCGGGUCAUUCGACGCUGUUUAUGCACCAGGCUGCGUGCGAACCUUUCUUGGUCUCGCGCGCAGCUUCAUUUAGACGAUUCCAACGCAAAUUUUUAGUAGACUUCCUAAGAAUCUUUGCAUCUAGAAAAUUCUUUUGUACGCACCAAAGAGAUAUGUUGGGAAAGAUGAAGCGCCUGAAAUAGUACUGCUAUCGGGGACAGCGGUAUGCUAAAACGCUGCGCACUGUUAUUUUGCUGUGGAACAAUGUCUGACAUGUACAUAUCAGAUAGACUUAAGUUACAAAUCUGGGGCUAAACAGGGUUUCUGAAGGUUGCUGAUUUCUUCCAUGUAUCGAUUGCACUAGUAGCCCAUGAACGGAACAUCGCAUUUGGUAAAAAGAAUUUUAUGAAUGAAGACUUUUCAUCGGGAAUAAAGAAAAAGAGCACUAGCAGUAAACAAACGUUUCUUUCUGCCAGCGCUGCGUUCCUAGUUGUUUGUUAGCAUCCCUAGAACAGCGGACCGAUCGCUUUUUCGAAAUUUUCUCGUUUCAAACAAGGAGAGCCGAUUUUCGAUACAACUUGCCGAAGAGCAGCCUACUGCAACAAUCUGUGCUCAGGGGGACGAGCCUCGCGGGGGCAUAAAUUGCCGUCGCGUUUCGUCGGAAGGGCUUUUAGCUGUCGCAUAAAUUACGACGUAGCUAAAAUUUGUCUGGUGUCAGGUUUGGGGCGGACUAAAAAACUCUAUUUCCGUGCGCGUUCAUUCUAGCGAUUAUGCAGUAUAGUCGCAGCUGAAACCGAAAUUAUCGUACCUAUUUUUUCACCAUUUAGAAAGAAAGCGGAAGAGUUGCGGGCACCUGAUAGUUUGCGGCUUAGGUCUCUUUGUGUAAGUAGUUCGUCUUGUCUCACCUAUGUUUUACCGGAGCAGCAUGGUCUACUGGUUUUGGACAUUUCUACUCUCGAAAAACUCGUGAAUUCUAUCACCAUGCAAAAGAGCAUUAGUGCUUGUCGCUGCUGUUAGGGUUAUUCAUGAUGGGAUCAAAAUUCGAUAAAAAGGCUUUUCCAUUUUUUGAGACUACAGAACUUCCUUGUCCUAAAAAACUCGAAUAAGGGACUGCGUGGAAAAAAUUGAGCAGUGUCCAAUUGGACACACUGCAACAAGUUUUCGUCGCGCCACUCUGAAGAACAACACUCACUACGCUAUUUGAACAUCGGGCUUUCACACUUGUGAAGACUCCACAC